UACUAGUUAGAUCCCUUAAGGCUCUCAAGAGAACAAGUUGUGUCGUACAUCUCUUAGUGAAGACUCAUUCAAAUUCAAGCAGCAGCAACGAUGAGUGGUCCAGGUGUCGGGUUCGAAUACCCAGCAGUGCCCGUGUCGUGGUACAAGAGAGAUGUCCUGUUGUUCGCCAAUGCCAUUGGCUGCGAUGCCAAAGACGAGCUUCACUUCUUAUAUGAGCUAGACAGACGGUUCCAAGCCUUUCCCACAUUCAGCAUUGUUUUGCCCUUUCGCGGAACCUCGCCAGAGGUCAUCGACUUCUACGCUUCACAAAACUCCAAGCGUGCAGCCAUCCCUGGUGUACCAAAAUUUGACAGCCGCAAGGUUGUUCACGGAGAGCAAGCCAUAACUUUCUUGAAGCCUCUGCCAACAACCAGUGAAGGUCGUGAGUUUGAAAUGAGAGCAAAGGUUCUGGGAGUCUACGACAAAGGAAAGCCCGGUUCGGUAGUUGAGACGGAAAACUUGAUCGUCGAGAAGGCAACUGGUGAAGUCUACAGUCGAGCUGUUGGCAUGUCAUUCUUUGUUGGCCAGGGUAACUGGGACGGACCCAAGGGACCAAAGACGGUCAACUACCCCCCUCCGGAAGGUAAGAAGCCCGACGCGGAGUACGUGUAUCAAACCAAUGCCGAGUCGGCACAUCUAUACAGACUUUGUGGCGACUACAACCCUCUGCAUGCCACACCAGAGCCUGGUCAGCAGAUGGGCUUCGGUGGUGCUAUUCUUCACGGACUGUUCAGCUGGAACACUACCGCUCAUGGGCUGCUCAAACUACUUGGAAACUCGGACCCAUCCAACAUGAAGGAGUUUGCCGCGCGAUUUGCAAGUCCCGUGAAAGCAGGAGACACGCUCGUCACACAGAUCUGGCGUAUGGGCAAUGUCGACGACGAGGGUUGGGAGGAGGUAAGAUUUGUCACCAGUGUGAAGGGUGGAAAGGUAUGCUUGAGUAACGGCCGAGCAAAGAUGAAGAUUGCAGGACAUAAGAGUAAGCUUUAAGGCAGUGUGUGAAUGUAAAAGCACAUUGGCCUGUCGAGAGAGCUAUUAGAAGACGAGAUGUGUCAAUAUCAGUGAACACUGUAGAGUAUCAGAGGUCAUCGUACACUUGCAUAGUCG